CUCGUGGGGCGAAGCACCGCAGCUGACCUAUCCUUGUUAAGAAUCGCGCCAACUGUGAACGCUUGUGAAUCUGCUUACUCGGAAGGUAUCUUCCCGAAAAUGCCAGGUGUGAAAGUCAGAUUCAGUUUGGACGAGUCGGUACCGCCGGAAAGGAACGCAUACUACAACGUUCCGGCAGCGUUUCGCGACGCGGCAAGAUUAAGGCUGCAGGAGAUGGAAAACCGUGGGAUCAUCGAAAAGGUCACCACCGCGCCGAACUGGAUAAGCGGCAUGUCCGCCGUUGCUAAAGGGAAGGAUGACUUCCGUCUUGUGGUCAACAUGAAGGGCCCCAAUAAGGCCAUCAAGCGGGAGUAUUUCCGACUUCCCCUGAUCCAGGAAAUGAAGUCCAAACUAAGCGGAGCUAAAGUCUUCACGAAGCUUGAUCUGACCAGCGCCUUUUAUCAUCUCGAGUUGGCCAAGGAGUCCAGGGACCUAACCACUUUUCUGUCGGAAUGUGGGAUGUACAGAUUCACUCGUUUGAUGUUUGGCGUCAACUGCGCCCCGGAGGUUUUCCAGCGUGAAAUGAUGCGGAUUUUCAAAGAGAUUUGCAACGUAAUUAUCUAUAUCGACGAUAUUUUGAUUUACGGCGAGAGUCUGGAGGAGCUGCACAAGACGGUUUCGGAGGUGCUUCGAGUGCUAAGGGCGAACAACUUGACUCUCAACGAGGCCAAAUGCGAAUUUGAUAAGGUGCGUGUGAAGUUCUUGGGUCAUGAGUUGGACGAGAAUGGCUUUCACAUUGAUGAGGCCAAGAUCAAGCACAUCAACCAGUUCCGUCAGCCAAAAACCUCAUCUGAGCUCCGAAGCUUCCUUGGUCUAGCCUCGUUUGUUAGCCCUUACAUUCAAAACUUCGCUGAAUUGACAAGCUCGCUGUGGAAGGUCGCGACAACGAAGACCUGGAAGUGGGAAGCGGAGCAAUCUGCGGCUUUUGAGGCAACGAAAUCGCGCAUCGCCGACUGUACGCUAGCGCUGGGCUACUUUUGCGAAUCGGACAGAACCGUUCUCUACACGGACGCAUCCCCGGUAGCGCUUGGGGCGGUUUUAGUGCAGGAGAAUUCGGAACGAACCCCACGGAUCAUCAGUUUUGCAUCGAAAGCGUUGACGCCAGCAGAAAGACGAUACGCCCAGAAUCAACGAGAAGCAUUGGGCGCGGUCUGGGCGGUUGAAUACUUCUCGUAUUAUCUGCUGGGAAGAAGUUUCACCUUGCGUACAGACGCAAAAGGUGUCGCUUUCAUACUGAACAGGUCAAGGGAAGACUCGAAGCGAGCACUAACGCGUGCGGACGGCUGGGCGUUGCGUCUCAGCCCAUACAGAAUCACGGUCGAGUACGUCGAGGGUAAGUUUAACAUCGCUGAUCCGUCAUCUCGACUAUACGAAGGCCUAGACGAUCCCUUUGACGAGUCCGCCAAUCCCUGGGAAAUCGCAGCAAUCGAAUCCAGCAACGCCGGAUUCCUGACAGAAGAUGCGAUUAAGAUCGCAACCGCACAGGAUCCUACGUUGACCAAGGUGAUGCGUGCUCUCGAGACCGGAGAUUGGCCUAAACAGUUGCGCAGAUUUCAAGCAGUCGGUGAUGACCUUCACGUGAAGAAUGGUUUGCUAAUCAAGACAGGAUGCGUCGUCAUGCCGGAGUCACUGCGGAAUCAAACUCUGGAAGUGGCGCACGAGGGUCAUCCAUCAUCAGCAAAGCUGAAAAGCAUUUUGCGAGCUCGCGUCUGGUGGCCAGGGAUGGCAAAGGAGGCUGAGGAUUGGGCCGAGUCAUGUGCAACGUGCGUGACCAACGGACGACCAGAAAAACCUACACCGAUGGAGAGAAUCGCUAUUCCAUCUGCCGUGUGGGACACAGUUGCCCUCGACUUCAAUGGACCGUAUCUGAAAUUUGGAGGUAUCUACAUACUUCUGCUAGUCGAUUACAGAUCGCGGUACUUGAUCGCUCGAGGUGUUAAAUCGACCAGCUUCGACUGCACCAAAAAGGUCCUCGACGAGAUUUUUGACAGAGAGGGGUUUCCAAAGAACAUCAAAUCGGACAACGGCCCCCCCUUCAAUGGCGAAGAUUAUAAACGUUACUGCACGGACCACGGAAUCAAUGCCAUCUUCUCAACACCGCUGUUCCCUCAGCAAAAUGGUAUGGUGGAAUGCUAUAUGAAACUCGUGAAUAAGGCCAUGGCCUCCGCUGUAGCGAACCAAACGAACUACAUGGUUGAGUUGCAGGCCGCGAUUAAAGCUCACAACUCCGCUCAGCACGCCGUGACAAAGGUUCCUCCAGAGGAGGUUAUGAAUGGACGCAAGAUACGCCGGGGACUACCAUUGCUGGACAGCACCGUUGCGCGCAACGAUGAGCUCAUCGAGGAGCGCGAUCAAAGAGCGAAGCAGAUGGCGAAACACCGUGAGGACAACCGUAGGGGUGCCAGGGAGUGCCGCGUAAUGCCUGGUGAUACCGUGGUCGUCGAAAGGCAAAACCGUGUCAAAGGCGACAGUCGGUUCGAUCCGACCAGAUACACUGUCCACAAGCAGUCAAACGGGAACCUCGUGUUGUCGGACGAGAAAGGUAAGCUCCUUAAGCGACAUGUAUCGCUCACUCGGAAGGUGAAGGUCUGGCGGGAUCCGAAGUCUGGUUCUAGGUUGCCAGGACCGAUGCCACAGGAACCGACCGUACAGUUGCAGCCUUCUGAAACGCUAGAAGAACAGGCGGAUGUCCAGACGCGCUCAAAACGAGCCACAAAAGUUCCAGCUUAUCUCCAGGAUUACGUCCGCCUGAUCGAAAUGGAAUACGGGAAGUAAUUAUUUCGCACCAAUUUCUAUCCUCUUUGAAUUAAACUAUACUUUGAUUGAACUUUUCUUACAUUUCUCUGGUUGACCGACAGAAUUCCUUCAUUUUUUUUUAAUAAAUACAUAAAUAGCAAGCCGUGAGUUUAUUUUUAAAUGACGAAGGGGGAUGUGGGGCAUAAUAUUGAGCAAUCACUGUGAGGGCUCUACUGUCGUGUGCCAGGAGCGAGCUCUACUGCCUAAUGUCACAACUGAGUGACACUCACUGUGAGAGCCAGUCUUUGGC